AUGUCUGGAAAAGGAAAAAAGUUACAACCGAGGUUUGUAGGACCUUAUAAGAUUAUCCAACAUGUAGGAAAUGUGGCCUAUAAGGUAGAAUUGCCACCAAGUUUGUCUCGGAUUCACAACGGUUUCCACGUGUCUAUGCUUAAGAAAUAUCAUCUAGAUCCUUCUCAUAUUCUGCAACCGGAAAGUAUUGAGAUUGAUGAGACAUUGACCUAUGAGGAGAAACCAAUAAAGCUUUUAGAUAGUAAGGUGCAAGAACUGAGGAACAAGCGGAUUCUUUUGGUGAAAGUUCUUUGGAGGAACCAUGAGCUAGAGAAAGCGACUUGGGAAGUUGAAGAAGUAAUUCGAGAAAAAUAUCCAGACCUGUUCACAAAUCAAG